AUGGUUUUCGUGCCACCACCACUGAUCACUCAUGAUCGCGACUUCCGUGCGACGGGAGAUUACAUUAACAGUUUAAGAGAUCAAGACAGCCAUCCAGCAGCGUGGAAAGAACCCAAGUUAGUAUCAGCAAGCCAAAAGGUCAAGCCAAACAUAGAUCACAGACCUGUGUCAGAUUUCCUUGCUGCAAACCAGUUACCCAAAGUUGAAGGCCAGCAAAAGAGAUUGAAAGUCAAGACUGAGUAUACUGCCGAUCUGCCUCCUGUGACAAUAAGCCUUGUCAAGUGUGUACAAUUGCCUCAGAGAGCCAUUGAGCCUGAUGAAUUCGCUCGUAUACAGCCUACAUAUCUCACCCGGUAUUCUGGCAAUAGCCACGAACGUGCGCACUACCGUCGUGCUGUCAACACAUAUGCGUCGCAAUUGGAGCGAGAAAUUCUUGAACGCAUGCAAAACGUAACUUCGAGCAUGAUAGCAGAAGCGAUCUACACAGACGAAUUCCAGGAGAUGUGUCGGACCAAUAAUGCGAGAGAAGAUCUGGAACUGUUCUUUGCAGAAAGUGCGAGUAACGACCAGCUGUAUUACGUGUACAGCAAGCUGUGA